AUGGAGAUUAAUAUAACAAAUCUUCUCCCAUUCCGCACUUACCAAUUCACAAUAGCUUUGAAUACUAUAUAUGGCUUGAAGACAAUUGAAAAUGCAACUGCUGUCAUAACAACAUCAGAAGAUACUCCAACCAGUCCCAGAAAUAUUAUAAUAUCUGAUGUGAAAAACGAUUCUAUGAACAUUUCUUGGGACCCACCUCUGCAUAGAAAUGGAAAUAUUGGUAAAUAUGUGAUAAACAAUUAUGGAAAGGAGUUUUAUGUUGAUAAUGUUUCUGGGACAGACACAUCACGAAGGCUUGUGACUCUGAGGGGGCUUCAGGGGUUUACUAACUAUUCAUUGACUGUGCAAGCAUGUAAUGUUGCGAUUGGAUUGUGCUCUAAAAUUGGGAAGUUUGAAGGUAUUUUUGUUAGGACGAGAAUAGGUCCACCCAGCAGGUUAAAAGCACCAACUGUGAUAAAUAACGCAGAUCUACUACAAUGGAAACCACCAGAAAUACCUGGAGGAACAAUUGAUUAUUAUCAGGUGAGAAGAAUUAAGGACGAUCAAGAACCUGAAAUCAGGAACGCAACAGAUUUAUCAUACAAAAUAACACAUUGUGAAGGAGUUGUUGUAAGUGAAACUUACCAAGUGAGGGCUGUCAACUUGGACACCGACCCAUAUCAUGGUGCUCUUGCCGACAAGGAGAACGUUAAUCUGACGAUGCCAAAUGAUCAAGGAAGCAAUGUAUAUUAUGGUGAAUGGAGUGAACCCAGCACAAUAGCCUGUAGAAGCAGAGAUGGAUUGGCCAUGACAUUGAUUUUAAUGGCCGUUAUGGCUCUCAUCGGCAUUGUGUUCUGUUCCAUAAAAGUUUAUAAGAAAUACAGAAAAAUGGAGGACAUCAAACCGGUACUGCCGAACGGACUAGGAAUACCCGAGAAAGACAUAUCAAAGUAUACUUUUGGCGGUUGGAAUCCAACUAGCAAAGAUGAUAAGCCAUCAUCAGACGAGGUCUUGUUACUGCCCAACAGUAAAACUACCGUCUCGUCCACGGAUACCAAACAGAAGACGAACGACAACUGUGGGGCGAGUGAUCACACAGACAGCACCGGCUUAUCAGACUCCUCCCGGGGCCCUGUUGACAGACAGGCGUCGACCUCCGACGACGGUUCCGACUCGUCUCUCCACAUAGAAGUGGAAGCGGCGAAAGACGACGAGAACAACACCAAUCCAGAAGAGGACUCUUCAAACGACGACGCGGAGAGCUUCGUGGAGAACACGCCGUGCUAUGGCGGUGACGGCUUCAAGAAGGACCCCACCAGCGGCUACGUGCAAUCGGUGGUGAGCCCGACGACCGGCUACGUGCAGUCGGCGCCGGCCCCUCUGAAGGCGUCUCUGCAAACCGCCACAGCGCCCGCCGGCUCCAGCUACGUAAUGGCCGGUCUGACGCCGCCGAUAUUCACCACGGGCGUGUCUGCCGGUCUGCCGAGCCACCCGCCCCCCUCCUCCGGCUACGUGAGGCCGGAAGACGCCCAGCCGAAGUCCACGCUGGCCUUCCCCAAACUGGUCACGUCACCCACGAAGCUCCUGGGGCCGGAGAGCCUGCCGACGAUGCCCACCUUGCCGCCGCCCGCGAAACCCGGCGCGGACAGCAGCUACAUCCAGCUGCAGUCGCUGGACGCGGUCCCUAGUCUCAAGUCGAGCGUGCGAAGCGCCGUGCCGUUGAAGCCCUCAGCUUCUACCGGCUACGUGAGCCCCGGCGACGUGGUGAUAAACAAGCACCUGAACAACAUGCUCUCCGCCGGGCAGCUGGCUGAAGAGUCGGCCAUUUUGGACCCGACGAUGUCGCCCGACGCGUACUGCCGCUUCUCGUGGAGCACGGACCCCGCGAACGACAACCUCCAUUCGCUACUCGCCGACGCGCCCACGAUAAACCCCAACAAGAAU